GCAGGGCGGGGCAGGGAGGCCGGGAAAGGGGACCGAGCAUUAGCUCUGACUUCCUCUGGCUGCACUGGCUAAGUGCUUCUCCCGUUAUUUGAGAAAGAAAGGAGCCUUUGAGACCGCAAAGACCCCAUCUGCCUUCAGGCACCUUCUACCUCACCAAGGAGAGGGUAAGAAUCCUAAAGCACUUAAUAGCCCAGGGCCCCAGGUGUCCCCAGCCUGUCUCUCUCCCUCCCCCCAGACUGUGGGCACCAUGUCCCUGCUCCUGGUGGUGGUCUCUGCCUUGCACAUCCUCAUUCUCAUUCUGCUCUUCGUGGCCACCCUGGACAAGUCAUGGUGGGUCCUCCCUGGGAAUGACUCACUGAAUCUUUGGAAGGAAUGUUUGGCAUACACGAACCAGUCUUCCCAGGUCUGGGAAUGCAGAAAUGUCAGCGAAAAUGGCUGGCUGAAGGCCGUGCAGGCCCUCAUGGUACUGUCCUUGGUGCUCUGCUGCCUCUCCUUCAUCCUCUUCAUGUUCCAACUGUACAACAUGAAGCGAGGGGGACUCUUCUAUGCCACCGGCCUUUGCCAGCUCUGCACCAGUGUGUCCGUGUUCACUGGGGCCCUCAUCUACGCCAUACACGUCAAGGAGUUCCAUCAUCCUGGCGGCUCCUUCGGCUACUGCUUUGCCCUAGCCUGGGUGGCAUUUCCCCUGGCGCUGGCCAGCGGCAUCAUUUACAUCCACCUGAGGAAGCGCGAGUGACCUCCCCCUCCCCUGGCCAGCUGGCCCUGGCUCACAGCGCUGAACCAGUGAGACAGCAGCCUCUCCAGCCCUGCCUCCCCGUGCUGCCUCGGCCUGGGCUAGGUCAGCAGUCUCUGUGGAACGGGGGAGUAAGAAGAUGCUUUCUCGUCCUCUUCCUCCUCCUUCUGGCCCAGCCCCUCUGACGUGUACUUCCUGCCCCCGACACCUGGUGCUCUGGGGUCCUUUUUCCAGCUCUGACUCAGGCCGCCAGGUGGCACAGUGCCCAGAUGGCUGGGCCAGGAGUCAAGACCUCAGUUCAAAUCUGGCCUCAGGCACUUACUAGC